UUUAGAGGAAUGGGCUGCGAAAAAGGAAAAAUGCCUGCGCGACGUCCUAAUCUUCAGGCUUGCUAGCUGCUCCCAAUGCAAUCAAUGGCUAGCUUGCUAGUCGAGAGGCACUUAGCUAGCUAAUCGAAUUUCUCUCGAAUUAACCAAGGGAAAUCCUUUAAAUUGCAUGGAGAUAUAAUGCACAUAAUGUAUCCUUGUCCACCCAAACCCAUGCCUGUUACCACUUUUUUGAGAAUAAGCUUUUGGAGCAGGUUAGCUAAUUGCUAACUCUGGAAAAGCUGCUAACCUACAAGGCCCAGACGGCGCCAUUUUGAAUUCAGCAUCUUCAAUCAAUGAAAUAUUGAUUUCAUGGUCUGUCGCAGUCUCUUUCGACCCAGAAAGUCACUUGUCGGACAACCGAACGGCACUGCAUCGAAGAAUAUCGUUGCAUUUGGAUGAUUUUUUUUUUGUUGUAGCAGAGGCAACUUUUGGCGUUUCAUCCUGCACUCCUAUCCUUUUGUUUGGGAGUGGCAGGCGGGUUAACACAAUUCCCUUUGAGCAGCACCAUAUCAACACAGAACGGUGUCCUUUAUGGAUGGAGCAGUGGACUUUUCCCCCUCUUAUUACAUACAUAUUUUUAUCUCCACAUUUCUAGUAAUGUUACUCGUCACAACUCAAUCAAAAUGCCGUGGUUUCAAAAUGGACGCUCAGAUGGUUGACAUCCAUGUUCAGGCCAGGUAGUUGGUGUACUUUAUUUUGCUAGUUGUCUCUUUCAGACAAUGGACACUUAACUCAUCAAAGCCAACUCAUGGCUUUUAAAGAACAAUUUAAGCUAAUAACCACAGCUGGAGUCGACACUGAUGCAAAGUACUACAGCGCCAUACGGAUGGAUGACUCUUCAGCAUACUACUCUCGCUGGAGGAUGGCCGCCUGGAGAGCCUUUGGUGGAGGAGCAGAUGCCCAAGCAGAUUCCUGAUAAAUGGCAACACGACAUGUACGGCAAUCAUGGCUUCAAUGCCAGUGUUGGGGGCGGCGGGGGUGGCGCUGGUGUGGAAACCGGAGGGAAGCUUCUUGUCUCCAAUCUCGACUUUGGCGUUUCAGACGCAGAUAUUCAGGAGCUCUUUGCGGAGUUUGGUACACUGAAGAAGGCAGCUGUUCACUAUGACCGGUCGGGCAGGAGCUUAGGCACUGCAGAUGUCCACUUUGAGAGGAAGGCAGAUGCUCUAAAAGCUAUGAAACAGUACAACGGUGUACCACUUGAUGGGCGUCCCAUGAACAUACAACUUGUCACAUCACAGAUCGACACACAAAGACGACCACCCAUGCAGGGUAUGAACCGAGGAGGUGGUGGCAUGAACAGGGGUCGUGGUGGUGGGUUUAGAGGGAUGCAGAGAGGACGUGGAGCAGGUCGUGGAGGAGGCAGGGGCCGAGGUGGCCGCGGGGGAAGCACUAAGCCACUUUCCGCUGAAGAGCUGGAUGCCCAGCUAGAUGCCUACAAUGCCAGGAUGGAAACAAGCUAAGAGCCUAGGUGAAUCCUCCAGGCUGCAUUACUCUCCAGGCUGAACAUGAGGACAGUCGCUGUUGUUACAGCGUUGAAGAUGCAGGACAUUUUACACUUGGAUGUCUUCUGGUGUGAUUUAAAUUUGUAUCAAUCCUUUUAAAUUCUGUGUUUUUUUUUUACCAAUUUUUGUUUUUUGGAAAAAAAUAUUGGUUUUGACUGUAGGUUUAAGGGGGUGAGUGGGGCUUUCCUUGCUGCUCUGACUCCUUUUCCCGUAGAUCAUUGUAAUAAACCCUACAGUACAAAUUAA